AGGUUCUUCUUGCCUUCCUAGCUCGUUGGUAAAGCGUGAACGUACCCAUUAUUUACAUAACAAGGUGCUCGUUUAAUUGUAAUAAAUAUUAAAAUUAUCAAUAUGACCGGUUACGGAGUGAUGGCCGAUGAAGGAACUAUUGAUUACUCUGUUCACGAAGCAUGGAAUGAAGCUACAAAUGUAUACCUCUUGGUUAUUCUCGUCAGCUUUGGACUCCUCAUGUAUGCCAGAAAAAACAAAAGGAAGAUCAUGAGGAUUUUCACAGUGCCACCUACGGUUGAAUCGACACCAGAGCCUAACUUUUAUGACAGCAUUCAGAAAGUUCGAUUACGGCAACAAUUAGAAAUGUACUCCAUUGCAAGGAAACAUGAUCAGCAGCAGCAACAGCAGUCAGACAGUGUGCAGCUGUCCAUGGAGUAAACAUUGUGCAAUGUUCUGCAGCAUUAAACUGUAUUCCUGUGCAAUAUAGUGUUUUAUUUAUUCAAUAUUAUGGUGGACUGAAGAAGAUUCUGUUGUAAUUUGGUACAAAGGAAUCGUAAAUUCUGUUUUCAAAGUGUAAAGUAUGGUACUGUAUUUUUGCUAUACCCCAGUUUGAAUUUCUGCCUAUUUAAAACAUACCAUUUCAGCAUCGGUGUCUAACGCAGCUUUCAUUACCUGUUACCUGAUAACUGACCGUGAUGACAGGUGCCUGGAGUUGAAGGUGAAGGUACUUAAUGAAAAGCAAGGUUAGUUAUCUAGAUGUAAUGGCCACUGCCAAGGAUAGUAAUGCUAUUAUAAUGUGUAGGAAGAAAUUAAAAACAUGUUUUUAGGUUACAUUUUGGACUGGGUCGCUGUUUAAGGGCAAGGCUGUAAAUAACGUUAGUUUUGAUGUGUUUUGGACGACAAGUUCAAAUAGAGAUACACAUAUGUGAGUUUGCUAUACAUAUCUCUUUGAAUUUUGUUUCUGUGAAUGGUAAUCAAAACAUUAAGAAAAGCUACCUGUAGGUGGACUGAUGUGAGAAACAUGGCAUUCAGAUACAAGGGACAGUAAUGGUACCUGCAUGGCUCCAUCCUAUGCAAACCUAUUCAUGGGAAAACUAGAAAUCAAGACAUAAACCUUUGGUUUGGUGGCAAUAAAUGGAUAUCUUUUGUGAUUUGCAUCUCCUUAUUCCAACCUGACCAUUUCUAAGAAAAACAUAUACAGCAAUGCCACAAUUUUAUUAUAGAUUUUAACUCCAGUGUGCAAUCUGUGCAUUUUUUUUUGCGAAAGGAGAAAAGGUGUUUUUUUUAUUUUUUAUUUAUUUUUUUAAAUUUAGUCGUCGCCAAUUAUUUUACCCCGAUUUUCACCCCAAUUUAGCAUGCCCAAUUAUUAUCUGUAUCCCCGGCUCACCGCUCACAACCCCCGCGCCGACUCGGGAAACGGAGGCUGGAACACGCAUCCUCCGAAACGUGCUCCUGCCAAGCCGUCAUUUUUCGCACUGCAGAUCCACAGCAAUGCCACCAGACCUAUAGUGCCGGAGGACAACACAGAUCUGGUGGCUCCGCUGCAGAGCCACAGGCGCCCUAUCGGCCACAGGGGUCGCUGAUGCGCGGUGAGCCGUGUAUUCCCCUGCCGACCUAAGCCCUCCCUACCCGGGCAGCGCUCAGCCAAUUGUGCGCCGCCCCCUAGGAACUCCCGGUCACGGUCAGCUGUGACAUAGCCUGGAUUUGAACCUGCGAUCUCCAGGCUAUAGAGCCCAUCCUGCGCAGAGCGCCUUUACUGGAUGCGCCACUCGGGAGCCGGAGAAAAGGUGUUUAGUCCACCCAAGUUGUGCUUUAGUUUUGUAACAGAACUAGCGUGUUUUUCUUUCACAAAUGAACCAUGACUUUGGUCAGAUUUAUCGGAUUCUGUCGGUCCAUCCAUCCAUCCAUAUGCACGUACCACUUAUAUUUUUGCAUUCAUCUGGAGAAUAACUUAUACAAUUAAACAUGUCAUUGUUAUUCUAUGCUAUUCUAGGUUGAUAUAUGUCAUGGUUAUCAAUUUGCUCUAAUUUUGAAUUUACAGCCCUAGUGAUAAAUGUUACUGACAUACUUGUUUUAAUUUACACCUACUUCAAACAUGCCAACUGCUAAGAUUUGGUCGUAGCAGCUAUUAUUUUCGAGGUUCUGCUACGGCGCUACGUCAAAGGGGUAUAAUACUACGAUUGUUAUGUGUGGGCCAGUGGUUAAAGAAAAGGGCUUGUAACCAGGAGGUCCCCGGUUCAAAUCUCACCUCAGCCACUGACUCAUUGUGUGACCCUGAGCAAGUCACUUAACCUCCUUGUGCUCCGUCUUUCAGGUGAGACGUAGUUGUAAGUGGCUCUGCAGCUGAUACAUAGUUCACACACCCUGGUCUCUGUAAGUCGCCUUGGAUAAAGGCGUCUGCUAAAUAAACAAAUAAUAAUAAAUAAAUAGAUGAUGGAUACA